AUGUGCCUCGACACAUGCCACAGACACAAAACCAAACCCAAACCCAAAACGCCCUCCCCCGCCCCCUCCACCACCUCCCGCCCCCUCAACAUCCUCCUCACCAACGGCCGCUUCCCCGCCACCAUCGACCUCGCCCGCCAGCUGCACCUGGCCCACCACACCAUCACCGUCGUGGACCCCAUGCACUACCACGUCUGCCGCUUCUCCCGCUCCGUCCACAAGUCCAUCCACGUCCCCGCCCCACACGUCGACCCAUCCGGCUACAUCGCCGCCGUCUCCUCCGCCGUCUCCUCCGAGAACAUCGACCUCAUCAUCCCCAUGCACGAAGAAAUCUUCUACCUCGCCGCCUGCAACGACCAAGCCAUCCUGCAGCGCCUCUUCGCGCCCCCCCUCGAGCCCCUCAUUGCCCUGCACAACAAGUGGGAGUUCACCCGCCUCCUGACCCGCGCGGGGCUCGCCGCGCCAAAGACGUGGCUGUGCCGCUCCCGCGCGGACGUGGAGAAGCUGGACCGCACCAUGGCGCUCGCGCUGAAGCCGGUGUUUGGGCGUGCGUGCGCGGGCGUGUAUAAGCUCACGCCGGGGAAGCCGAUACCGGCGGGUCUGGACGUAAGGGAGGACAACCACUACGUUGCGCAGGAGUGGCUUGUGGGACGGCGGCUGUGCAGCUAUGCGGUUGUGCGUGCGGGGCGGGUGAGGGCGUUUGCGGUGUACCCUGUCGAGGACACGAUUGAUGGCAGCAGCGCGGUGAGCUUUGUUAGUGUUGAGCAUCGGGGGGUGAGGGAGUAUGUGGAGGGGCUUGUGAGGGUGUUGGGGGAGGUGGAUGGACAGGUGGCCCUGGACCUCGUGGAUGUGGAGGGGCGCGGGGUCGUGGCGAUUGAGUGUAAUCCGAGGGCGACGAGUGGGAUACACCUGUUUUCGCGGACGAGGGCGCUGGCGGAGGCGCUGGUGGGGGAUGGGGAUGGGGUGUGGGAGGCGAGGCCGGGGGCGAGGAGGCAGUUGAUGCCCGGGAUGCUGAUGUGGGAUCGGAGUGGCGGGUAUUUGGCGCAUAUGAAGAGGUUGAUGGGGAGUAAGGAUGUGUUGUUUAGUACGAGGGAUUUGAUGCCGAGUUUGAUGCAGCCGUUUCUGUUGACGAGUUAUUAUAAGAUCUGUCAGGAGAGGAAGAUGAAGCUGCCGGAGAUGUUUCAGUGGGAUUUGACGUGGGAGCCGGAGGGGGAGGAGUUGGCGAGGGUGAGGAAGAGGGUGGAUGGCUUUGUGGAUGGCUUUGUGGAGAGGGGGGCGGCGGUGGAUAGUGUUGAGGCGUAG